AUGGAGGACACAGAGGAGGAAGGAGAGGGAGGCAGGGAACGGACAGGGUCAAGGAGGACAUGGAGAGGGAGGAAUGGAGGAACAUGGGAGGAAUGGAGGAAUGGACAUGGAGGAAUGGAGGACGUGGAAGGACAUGGAGAAUGGAUGGAAGGAACAUGGAGUGGAGGACAAUGGACAGGAGUGAAAAGGAGUGAUGGACAGGAGGGAUGGAGAAUGGACAGGAGGAAUGGUGGAGGAGGUGGAGGAGGUGAAGGAGUGGAGGUGGACGGGAGGAACAGGAAACGGAGGGAGGAAUGGAGGAAUGGAGGUGGACACGGAGGAGGAAUGGAAGGGUCGAAUGGACAGAGUGGAUAG